AUGGGUUAUCGUCCCUUGUUGGUUGCUACGGUAGCAAAGCCUAGAAUCAGUCGCAUCGGUCUGGCUCAAUAUUCUCUUAGAUCAUUCUCUACAUCCAUGAUCCAUUUCAGUAACGAGCAAAUCGGCAAGCCUACCACCAACACCAUCAAUACCCACGUCGUUGAGGCUAAUACAGAGACUGCUGCGUCUUCCACAGCCAAACAGCCUACCUCUCGUAUUGGCAAAUUCAUUCAGCAAUCCAAAGAUCUCAUCAAAUUUUACAAGGACGGACUAAAGCAACUUUGGGCAAAUAACAAGGAAGCCAAGGCGUUGCAGCUCAAAGUAGCUAACGAGGGCUAUGAAUUGAGCCGAUCUGAAUUCCAGAUGAUUCAUCAAUCAAAGAAAGACAUGUUGAAACUUAUUCCUUUUGGUUUCGUAUUCAUGGUUUUACCUGAAUCUAUUCCAUUGCUCGUCAUGUACGUUCCUGGUAUGGUCCCUGGAACAUGUCUCAAGGAUAGCCAAGUUCAAAAGCAACGAGUGAAAUUGAAUGAGCUCAGACAAAAGAUGACCCGCAAUGUAUUGGAAUCAGCACAAUAUGUUCAAGGUAUUGCACCAAAGGACUUUUUGUCGCUAUCCAAGUUUCAAAAACUCGAGAAGAGCUAUGGCUAUGAUUUCAAUUUGAGUCGUAUUGACAGAAGACAUUUGCGAUCUUACUGCAGAUAUAUGGGCAUCAAUGAUUAUGGAACCAGAUCAAUUUUGCAGAAGAGACUUACCAAGUACAUGGAAUACCUCGAUCAAGACGAUAAGAUGAUUUUGAAGGAAAAUCUUGUGGAUCGCUUUACGUUGGCUGAACUGAGCCAUGCUGUUGAGGAGCGUGGCAUGAAAUCAGUUGAUGAAGACGAGGAAAACUUGAGAAGAGGAUUGAAAUAUUGGUUGUCUUUGACACAGCCCGCUAAUCCUCAGGACAAGAUUGGAUUUGGAUUGCUUGUGUUCAGCAGAAUGUUCUUGUUGAAUGCCAAUUACAAGGGAAAGCAAUUAUAA